UCCAUGCACAUCUCCCAGCACUUUGCAGGGCAACGUCCCGUGUCAGCCAACGCCUGGCUGGGCCCUCAAGCUAGCAGCUCUCUGGGUCACAGAGGAGGAGGCGGAGGCGGAGGAGGAGGAGGCCUGGCCUUCUCUUCGGAGAGUCUCCUGCUAUCCCAGCAGCUGCUCAAGGAGCAGAACCAGCAGUUUCUCUCCCUGAUCGAGGACGCGCUGGAGACGAGCGGCGAGUCGGCAGACUUAUCGUUGUCGCUGGAGUCGAGGAUGCAGCAGUGGUUCUCCGAGAGUCUGAGCAGGGAGAUGAAGGCGUCGUUGACCGCUAAGGAGGAGGAGAGGAGUCUGUUCCGGCAUAGAGGAGAAGAGUUCGCGCGGGGCGAGAGAGUCAGCAUCCUCUUCGAGGACGGCAAGUGGUACGAGGGGCUACUGGACUCCUACAGCUCCCGCUCGUCCAAGAUCCGCGUCAAGUUCAGCAACCCGAGCAUCGGGACUGUCCAUGUCCAGCUCGAUCAGGUGCAGAUGCGGAAAGCCGGCAGGAAGGAAGAGGAGAAGGGAAGACAGGAGGAGGAGGAGAAGGGAAGACGGGAGGAGGAGGAAGGGGAGGAGACAGGGAACACGGAGGGGGGGGGAUGGAAGAAUGAGGAAGAGAAGGAGGGGGAGGACGAAACUGAGGAUGGGGAAAGAAAUGAGGAGGAGAAUAAGGAAUGAAACUUAAGUAAUGUU